AUGAGUGUAAAUGAAAUACAUAAUAUACAUUUAGCUAAUGGUACAACAAAGAAAAGGAAACGAAAGAGAAAGAAUAAGAAUAUAGAACUGAAUAUUACUAAAGAUGAAGCGGUGCUGGAAAACAGACACAAUAAAAAGUUUAAAUUUGAUGAUGAUGCCAUUCCAGAAAUUAAAGAUGAUGAAAUAAUACCGAAUGAAGAUGCUCAAGAUGAAAUAGAGACUGAAUUAUCUACACAAGAUAGCUCAAUACUAUCCAAUGGUAAAUCAAAAUCCGCAUCAAGUGAAGUUAAAUAUAAACAAUUUGAAAAAUUAGAUAAGGUUGCAAAUAAACAAGAUGGUAAAAAGUCUCCCAAAAUAGUUACAUAUCAAGAUGAAGGAGAUGAUGAAGAAGAAGAAGAUACAUAUCAAUUUUCACAUAAAUCAAGAGCUCAACUACUUGAAUUGUCUAAACAAUUACUCGAAACAAGAAAGAAAUUACCAAUCUACCAACACAAACCUAAAAUCUUAGAAUAUAUUAAUAAAAACCAAGUUACAAUAAUUAUUGGUGAAACAGGGUCAGGUAAAUCAACACAAAUUCCACAAUUUCUCAUCCCUGAAAAUAAGAAAAUGAUUGGAGUUACACAACCAAGAAGAGUUGCAGCUGCAUCUUUAGCUUCAAGAGUAAGUGAAGAAUAUGGAUGUAAAUUAGGACAGGAGGUAGGUUAUCAAGUUAGAUUUACAAACACAACUUCCCUCAAAACAAAAUUGAAAUAUUUAACUGAUGGUAUGUUAUUAAGAGAAAUAAUGUUAGAUAAGACCCUCAAACAAUAUUCUACAAUAAUAUUAGAUGAAGCACAUGAAAGAACAAUUUUAACUGAUUUAAUUAUGGGAUUUUUAAAAUCUUUAGUUUCAUCAGGUUAUAGACCGGAUUUAAAAAUUGUAAUUAUGUCAGCUACAUUAAAUGCUGAAUUAUUUUCGAAAUUUUUCAAUAAUGCUCCAAUUUUAUACAUUGAAGGUAAAUUAUUCCCAGUUAGACAAUAUUAUCUAAAUACUGAAGAUGAAGAUAUAAAUGAUGUAAUGACUAAAAGUAUAAUACAAUUAAAUAUGUCAGAACCUGAGGGUGAUAUCCUAUGUUUCUUACCAGGUCAAGAAGAAAUUGAUAAUUGUGUAAAGACAUUGAAUCAAUUAGCACCGGAUUUACCUAAAGAGGCCCCUUUCAUAGUUGCAUUACCUUUAUAUGCUGCAUUAUCACCAUUACAACAACUGAAAAUUUUUGAAAAAGUUGGUAAAAAUAAAAGAAAAAUUAUAUUAGCUACUAAUAUUGCCGAAACUUCAAUAACUAUAAGUGGGAUUAAAUAUGUUAUUGAUUCAGGAUUACGUAAAAUUAAAAUUUUUAAACAUAAUUUAGGUUUAAGUACUUUAUUAACGACUCCAAUCUCCCAGGCUUCAGCUAAACAAAGAGCAGGUAGAGCAGGUAGAGAAAGUGAAGGUAAAGUAUUUAGAUUAUAUUCAGAAUCAAUAUUUAACGAAUUACCAAAACAACAAGAAUCAGAAAUAAAAAGAAAUGAUAUAAUAUUACCAAUUUUAACUUUGAAAAAACUUGGAAUUGAUGAUUUAUUAAAUUGGACAUGGUUAGAAUAUCCAGGGAGGGAAAGUAUAUUACAAGCAUUACAAAGUUUAUACUUACUUAAUGCAUUAAACGACUCAGGAAAGAUAACUAAUCUAGGUGUCAAAAUGUCCAUUUUACCAUUACAACCACAAUUAUCAAUUGUAUUAUUAACUGCAUUUGAAUUAAAAGUAUUGAAUCCCGUUAUUGAUAUAAUUUCAUGUUUAUCUAUUGAUAAUUUAAUCUUGAAUGUUACUGGUGAGAAAAGAGAUGAGAUAAAUUUUAAAAGAAAACAAUUUUGUCCAAUAGGUAAUGAUUAUGGUGAUUUAAUUGCAUUAUAUGAAUUUUUCAAAACUUUUAAAACGUUAGGUAAGGAAUGGUGUAUUGAUAUGUUUUUCAAUUUCAAGGGAUUUAAAAAUGUAAUGAAGAUAAAAUCACAAUUGAGAGAGUAUAUGUUAGCCACUGUAAAACAAGACAAUACUUUGUCUUGUGAUGAUAAAAAUCAACAAUUGUAUGAAAUGCAAGCACAAUUAGAUUCCGAAGAUGAUAAAUUAAAUGUUGAAAAUGUUUUGAAAUCUUUCUUAAAAGGUUUUCUUACAAAUACGGCAGUUGGGAUGCCUGAUCGUUCAUAUAGAACAUUCAACAAUGGUCAAUUAAUAAGUAUUCAUCCUUCUUCUACAUUAUUUGGUAAAUCAUUAGAUGUAAUUAUGUAUAUUGAAUAUGUAUUUACUACUAAAGGAUAUGCUCGUAAUGUAUCAAAAAUAGAAAUGACUUGGAUACAAGAAAUAGCACCUGGUAUAAUUGGAAAAACAAGUAUUCAGGAAAAACUUAUAGAAUGA